AUGGGUAGGAGACCAGCUGGGGCUGUCGGCGGCGGCACCCAAAACACUGCGCCAAAGAAAAGCGGUACAAACCCAGAUAGUAACAGUAAACUCACGGCAGAUAACCGAAUUACCAUGAACACACCUGGGAAUGCAAAUAAAGCUAAAGCCUCGCGAGCAGAGGGUGCUGACGAGCAUGGAGAUAUUAUGAAAGGCGGUGGUAGUGUCAAACCGGCCGAGAAGGAUCGUGGGAACAGAGAGAAGGCUGGGCGUAGUGUAUCACCCGCACUUGUAAGUAAGGAAUCAGGAGGUGGUAGUAGGGAUACCACUACAGCCACAGCCACGCAGAGCUCUACUUCCGCGAAGUCAGGCAUUAGUGCUAGGAAUGAGAAUGGGAAUGAGCUUGAGUCCAAAGGGAGUGUGGGCAAUGAUGAGGCGGGCGCGCACACGGAUAGUAAUGAAGCAGCCGAACAAGGCCACGACUUGGCGCUGCGAGAAGAACAGCAUAAGGAGGCCAUAGAACGGCAUACGAAGUUAGUAGAACUACGGGAGAAUCACCUGAAUGCGGCGGAAAACAGGCCCAACGCGAGUGCCAUCAGUAAGCUGGAUUCAAGUCUGAAGAAGAACACAGCCUUCGUUAGAAAGUUAAAGCUGAUUACAGAGGAGAGCAGGGCUGCACUGAUUAAGGAGUUUGAUGGGUUGAAUCUGAGCAAGUAUGUGAGUGAGUGUGUGAGUAGUAUCUGCGAGGGUAAGCUCAAGAACAACGACAUGGCGGCGGUGGUGGAGCUGUGCGGACUGUUUCACCGCCGGUAUGCAGAUUUCAGUGACCUCAUGGGAGAGAAGCUAUGCAAGGCGCUCGGCGAUCCAGCAGGCGCACUGGCCGGCGCAGAAUCAGUCACAGCCGUAGCCGUACGUUAUCGUUCAAUGCUCAGACUAUUCGGCGAGUUAAUCAUCAACGGUGUGCUUAACAACACGGGCGAUUUCCUAAAUUGUUUCAAGGACAUAGUGGUGGCUGACAAGGAGAAACACCAGCUGCUUACGGUUAUAGUGUCGUUUAUAAGACACGCGGGAGAAGAGAUGGUCGGCAUUGUGACGAGGAAGCAGGCAGAGUAUAGAGCUGCCAACAACUAUGAAGCGAUUCCUCGUUUAAAUAUUCUCGCAGCAGAUGAAGAGAAGAAAAUGACGUAUUUCUGUGAAGGCUACUACUCCACCCUAUCGCGCCGCCUAGUGCGCGACCACGGAGAGAUCAAUCAGUGGGAGAAUACUAAUGAACGCAUUGUGUUGGACAAGGGCGAACUCUCAGCCACCCGACAGACGUCUUAUGAUGAAAAAUUGAAGGCUUACGAAAAACUGGCCGCCGGCACAGCCACACUCGCCGACCUACUUGAUCAGGACUACCCAGACUUGCCCAAGAGAGAGGCGCUGGAUCGCACCCUGAAUGUGGGCAUAUCUGUGGGAGGCAGGGGUUAUAUGGAAGGAGAAGUGGGCGAAGGCCAAUUAUGGGAAGACGAUGACACGCGCGCAUUCUACGAAGAUCUAGUGCAGCUCAGAGAUGUGGUACCUGCUGUACUGUUAGGGGAAAUCGACGGUGGUGGAGAGGGUACGGCUGAGGUUCCAGUCGAUGCAGCUGAACAAGAGAGUCUCGAGGGACUGGCGGCCCAGGAAGAACUAGACAUUCCGAUGGAGGACGAAGACACGCCCACAUACAGCACUACUGACGAGGCAUUGGGUGAUUCCAAGGACGACGCAUUCGCUGCGGGCGAAGAACAAGAUGACAACGACGAGAAGGAGACCGAUACGUUCGUAGCCGAGGCAAGCGAUGAGGAGGUUGAGGAGGAUGCCAACACACCGUUAGCCAUGAAGCUCAAGCUGGAGGCACUAUUUGAGCAGUUACCAAACGCAAUGAAUCGGGAAGCAGUGGACAAGAUGGCUGUGGAGCUGUGCUAUGUGAACAACAAGGCUACACGCAAGCGAUUAGGCCG